AAGGUUGAGGAGGCUUUUAGGAGGUUCAUGAACCACCCAGCUCCAGCAAACAGCCGCUACAAACCCACUUGCUAUGAACAUGCUGCUAACUGUUACACACAUGCAUUCCUCAUUGUUCCUGCGAUUGUGGGUAGUGCCCUUCUCCACCGGCUGUCUGACGAUCGAUGGGAAAAGAUAACAGCAUGGAUGUACGGCAUGGGGCUCUGCGCGCUCUUCAUUGUCUCCACAGUAUUCCAUAUCGUUUCGUGGAAGAAGAGUCACUUAAGGACAAUGGAGCACUGCUUUCACAUGUGUGACAGAAUGAUGAUCUAUGUCUUUAUUGCGGCAUCUUAUGCACCAUGGUUAAACCUACGUGAGCUUGGACCUCUAGCAUCUCACAUGCGUUGGUUUAUUUGGCUGAUGGCUGCUGGAGGAACCAUUUAUGUAUUUCUCUACCAUGAAAAGUAUAAGAUUGUUGAACUCUUUUUCUACUUAGCGAUGGGAUUUUCUCCUGCUCUGGUAGUGACAUCCAUGAGCAACACCGACGGACUUCAGGAGGUUGCCUGGGGAGGCUUGAUCUAUUGUCUGGGCGUGGUGUUCUUCAAGAGCGACGGAGUCAUUCCCUUUGCCCAUGCCAUCUGGCACAUAUUCGUGGCCACAGCCGCUGCUGUUCAUUACUAUGCCAUUUGGAAGUACCUUUACAGAAGUCCUGCAGACCUAAUUCGUCACUUAUGAUAUAUAUGUGUGUAUAUAUAUAAAACUAUCUGCACUUGGCCUCUGUAACAGUAUUAUUUGACUUAAGGAAUUUGGGGAAAUUGUAAAAUUGCACAGAAAAACUGCACUGACGUUGGUAGUUCUCUGAACACAAUUACUGUGAACUGAUGUUGUAUGUGUCCUGCAAUUGCCCAUCGUACGGCAAGUGCUGUAAAUAACCAAGAUACUGUACUGCAGUACCGAGAGUCCAUUCCAUGUGAGUAGAGCUGGCUACCUGAUGUUUACAAAUACAUUUUGUAUUCUAGUUUAAUUUUACAAUUUUUAACUACGUGAAUUUUUCUAAAUUAGUGAUUUGAAUGGUGAAGUCAGUGCAAUAGUGAAAAUGUAACUCUUGAUUUGAAAUUGGUCUCUAUCACCUUUCCGCUAGUCAUUUGUUAAACAUAAAUCACAGACAAAUAAUCUACUUUUACCACCCAUUAUCUUGGUA